CUUCUGCUGUCUAGACUGCAGCGGUGAUGGCGGGCAGACAGUUUGGCUGGAGGCAGCCGGCUCUACUCCAGCUCCUUCUUGGUGUGAACCUGAUGGUGAUGCCACCUAUCCAGGCCCGGAGUCUGCGCUUCGUUACCUUGCUGUACCGACAUGGAGACCGCUCGCCAGUAAAGACAUAUCCCAAGGACCCCUAUCAAGAAGACAAAUGGCCCCAGGGCUUUGGUCAGCUAACCAAGGAGGGGAUGCUACAGCACUGGGAGCUGGGCCGGGCUCUGCGACAGCGAUACCUUGGCUUUCUGAACACCUCCUACCACCGGCAAGAGGUUUAUGUUCGAAGCACAGACUUUGACCGGACUCUCAUGAGUGCUGAGGCCAACUUGGCUGGACUCUUCCCCCCUAAUGGGAUGCAGCGCUUUAAUCCAAACAUCUCUUGGCAGCCUAUUCCUGUCCAUACUGUGCCUGUUACCGAGGACAGACUGCUGAAGUUCCCGUUGGGCCCAUGUCCCCGUUUUGAGCAGCUGCAGAACGAGACCCGGCGGACACCAGAGUAUCAGAAUGAGAGUAUUCAGAAUGCACAAUUUCUGGAAAUGGUGGCCAACGAGACAGGGCUUACGGACCUGACACUGGAGACCGUCUGGAAUGUCUAUGACACACUCUUCUGUGAGCAGACACACGGGCUGGUCCUGCCUCCCUGGGCCUCACCCCAAACCAUGCAGCGUCUGAGCCGGCUAAAGGACUUCAGCUUCCGCUUCCUCUUCGGGAUCUACGAGCAGGCAGAGAAGGCCCGGCUGCAGGGGGGAGUCCUGCUGGCCCAGAUACGGAAGAACCUGACCCUGAUGGCAACCACCUCCCAGCUCCCCAAGCUGCUGGUCUACUCAGCGCAUGACACCACCCUGGUUGCCCUGCAAAUGGCACUGGAUGUCUACAACGGUGAACAAGCUCCCUAUGCGGCCUGCCACAUAUUUGAACUGUACCAGGAAGAUAAUGGGAAUUUCUCAGUGGAGAUGUACUUUCGGAAUGAGAGUGACAAGGCCCCCUGGCCGCUGAUCCUGCCCGGCUGCCCUCACCGCUGCCCGCUGCAGGACUUCCUUCGCCUCACCGAGCCUGUCAUACCCAAGGAUUGGCAGCAGGAGUGCCAGCUGGCAAGUGGUCCUGCAGACACAGAGGUGAUCGUGGCCUUGGCUGUGUGUGGCUCCAUCCUCUUCCUUCUCAUAGUGCUGCUCCUCACCGUCCUCUUCCGGAUGCAGGCCCAGCCUCCCGGGUACCGCCACGUCGCAGAUGGGGAAGAUCAUGCCUGACAACCACUCAGCCCCCUCCCCUCCGCCUCCUAGGAGAGGUGGGCUGGGCCCUUGUUCCUCACCAUUGCUGCUCCCCAGCCCAUGCACAGGAGACCCUGGGUUGGGCCUCCCUCUGAUUUCCCCAGCCUAGAUGAACAAUUGGGGCUCAGCUUGGCCCAUGGCACCUGUCACUCAGCAUUCAUGUGCCUGAUGUUUACCAAGUACCGUGUUGGACAUCAGCUCUCUCCAAACAGGAUUUGCCUCCUCCGUGCUCCUUUCUAAGGGCCUGAAAUGUGGGCAAGUAUUCAAGUUUCACUCAGGACCUGGGAUAAAGACUGAAGGAGCUGGUGCUUGAUCUGCUUCACCUCUCCACCAAGCCCUGCUCACUCAUCUCCCACCCAGAAUCUUUGGCCAGUGGCCCAGAGGACACAAUUUUGCCCCUCAGUGUUUGUUUUAGUGGGAAAAACUGCAUGGUAUUGGGGGUACAAACAUUGGCCAUCAAGGGACCAGGUCACCCAGGCAUCAGCCGGCCAAGUUUUCCUUUGUCCAGCUGAAGCCACAAUUAGGGCAGACAUAAUGCUUCCAGCAUCUUUGUCACCCCUGCACCCUGAGCAGUUUGGAUGUCUGGACUUGGGAGAGAUGGGGGAAAGCGGGGAGCACAAUGAAUUGUGGUACAGAAUCAUGGAAUUACUAUCCCUCUCAGCUGGGCUAGGACCUCCAGGGACCCAGGGUAAAUGCACGCUGUGAGCUGAACAGCUCUUGACUGUGGCCCAGAAUAGGGCUGAGACAGCUUCCAGAGAAUGAAGGUUUUUGGACUCA